CUGCCCACUGGUCUGACCAAUGGUAGCGGAAACGGGGGUUUCGUUCACGACAACGGCUUAUACUUUGUUAUCCGUAACGAUAAAGUGGUCACAUUUAACAGGACAACAGGGGAGAUGACGCAUACGAAAAAAGACGUUUGGCAGUACUUCAACUGCGACAGUAUGGAAGUGGUGAGCGAUCAGUUGCCCACACCUGCGCCACCGGUUGGCGGCAACGAUACGAACGCUACUUUGCCGACGACGACAACAACACCGUUGAUGGCGACGAAUGUGACCACUGAUGAAGUGAUACCAAUCGUAACCGAAAGCCCCACAACGCCGGCAGUUCAGGGCCUCGUCGACAAUGACGUUGACUACCGCUCAACGAUCUAUAAGUUGAUAGCGAUUACCUUUAGUCUCAUAAUCGUAGCGAUGAUU